GGAAACAGAGCAAAUCCCCGACCACGCAUCCAUGGCAGCUUAAUCCGCCUUCCCUCUAGAUAGAUGCAUGGGGUGCUGCCGCGCCGCGCCGGCGUUGCGGUCGGCGUGCACCGCGGCCGUGGCGAUCUGCCUCCUCCCGGUGAUCGUGUCGCUUUUGCUCAUCUGGCUGCCGCCGCUCUCCUUCGCUGUCGCCGUCGUUCGGUUCCACCGCCGACGAAGGAGGAUGAUGACCACGAAGAGGGGUGGAUGCUGCUUCCGCGGAGGUGAUGAGUGGUCGCCACCGGAGAGUGAGCCGGAGGGGCAUCGGGUGGCGCUGCUACACAAGUACCUCGAGGAGCAGAUGGAACUCGUGGAGGCCGAUGCCGGGGAUGCCAUGGCGGCCGUGCUUGCAGGAAAUCCAUGGGCAGCGUAAGGCAAUCCACGUUUUCUUCCAGGAAACUGAUCCUUAUUUUUGUUCGAUUUUGCGGCUCUGGCACUUGUUAAGCGGUGGCUUGAUUCGUGCUGCUCGCGGGUUUAGCAACACAAGGUGCUGGUAGCAUCUCGUGAUUAGGUGUGUCCACGCAGCUCUUGGAUUAUUAACAUGUUGAUCGGAGUUCAUCA